UACCCUUCUUACCUUCCUAACUCUGCCUUUUGACUCUCUUCCCAUUCUACUCCUCCUCUCACUUUCUCUCUUUGUCUGUUAAAAACUUCCACUAAUCCUAUCUUUCUUUCUUUCUCUUCAGAAUAAUAUGGAACCCCAAGAACUCAAGCUAUAGAUUCAAGAAAACCUCCAUUUAAGCUAUAAAGCUCCAAUCUUUGAAAAUGAAAGCUCACAAAACUGUUUUCUACCAACACCCUUUAAGCUUAAACAAGCUUUUCUUGUUCAGUUUCUAUCUACAACCACUCUUUGUUCUUCUUAUCUUCUUACUUCCUCCAGCUUCUCCAGCUUCUAUUAAUGGCCUUUUCAAAGACUCCCAACAGCUUCUUUCCUUUAAAGCUUCACUUCCUCCAACCCCAACUCUGCUUCAGAACUGGUUGUCAUCCACUGACCCUUGUAGUUUCACUGGUGUUUCAUGCAAGAAUUCUAGAGUUUCUUCUAUAGAUCUCAGUAACACUUUUCUAAGUGUGGAUUUCACUUUGGUCACUUCUUAUUUACUUCCCCUUUCUAAUUUGGAGUCUAUAGUGUUAAAGAAUGCUAAUCUCAGUGGUUCUUUAACUUCUGCUGCUAAAUCCCAAUGUGGGGUUUCUUUAGACUCCAUAGAUCUAGCUGAAAACACAUUUUCAGGACCUAUUUCUGAUAUCUCUAGCUUUGGAGUUUGUUCAAACCUUAAGUCCCUUAAUCUUUCCAAGAAUUUCUUGGACCCUCCUGGUAAAGAACUACUUAAUAAAGGUGCAACCUUCAACCUCCAAGUUCUUGAUCUUUCUUACAAUAAUAUCUCAGGCCUAAACUUGUUUCCAUGGCUUUCGUCUAUGGGGUUUGGUGAGCUUGAGUUCUUUUCUCUCAAGGGUAACAAAGUAGCUGGGAGUAUUCCUGAAUUAGACUUCAAGAAUUUGUCAUAUUUGGAUCUUUCUGCCAACAAUUUCUCAACUGUUUUUCCUUCAUUCAAAGAUUGCUCCAAUUUGCAGCACUUGGAUUUGUCAUCCAACAAGUUUUAUGGUGAUAUUGGUGCUUCACUUUCUUCAUGUGGGAAGCUCAGUUAUCUCAACCUUACCAAUAACCAGUUUGUAGGUUGGGUCCCUAAGCUACCAAGUGAAUGCCUACAGUAUUUGUACUUAAGGGGGAAUGAUUUCCAGGGUGUGUACCCAAACCAGCUUGCUGAUUUGUGCAAAACUGUGGUGGAAUUGGACUUGUCCUACAAUAAUUUAUCAGGUAUGGUUCCUGAGAGCCUUGGUGAAUGUUCAAGUUUGGAACUUGUUGAUAUUUCCAACAAUAAUUUCUCUGGUAAGUUGCCUGUUGAUACCCUCUUGAAGUUGAGUAACAUGAAGACCAUGGUCUUAUCAUUCAACAAAUUUGUUGGUGGUUUGCCUGAUUCUUUCUCCAACUUGCUGAAAUUGGAGACUUUGGAUGUGAGUUCUAAUAAUCUCACAGGGGUUAUUCCAUCUGGGAUUUGCAAAGAUCCUAUGAAUAACUUGAAAGUGUUGUACCUUCAGAAUAAUUUGUUUACAGGCCCUAUACCUGACAGUCUAAGCAACUGUUCACAGCUGGUGUCACUUGAUCUCAGCUUUAAUUACUUGAUCGGGAGAAUACCAUCUAGUUUGGGGUCAUUGUCAAAGCUAAAGGAUCUCAUCCUUUGGUUGAAUCAGCUUACAGGGGAAAUCCCACAGGAGCUGAUGUACUUGCAGGCCUUGGAGAAUUUGAUUCUUGAUUUUAAUGACUUAACUGGACCAAUACCUGCAAGUCUUAGUAACUGUACCAAGUUGAAUUGGAUUUCAUUGUCAAAUAACCAAUUGAGUGGUGACAUACCGGCUUCUCUGGGUCGUUUGUCGAAUCUAGCCAUUCUUAAGCUUGGAAACAACUCAAUCUCAGGGAAUAUACCUGCUGAGUUGGGUAAUUGCCAGAGCUUGAUAUGGUUGGAUCUCAAUACUAAUUUCCUGAAUGGCUCCAUUCCGCCGCCUUUGUUCAAGCAAUCUGGCAAUAUUGCAGUGGCAUUGCUGACGGGAAAGCGUUACGUGUAUAUCAAGAAUGAUGGGAGUAAGGAGUGCCAUGGAGCAGGCAAUUUGCUGGAGUUUGGAGGGAUUAGACAGGAACAGCUGGAUAGAAUCUCAACAAGGCAUCCUUGCAAUUUCACAAGAGUUUAUAAAGGUAUCACGCAGCCAACAUUUAACCACAAUGGCUCUAUGAUAUUUCUUGAUUUGUCUUAUAAUAAGUUGGAAGGUAGUAUCCCAAAGGAAUUGGGGAGCAUGUACUAUCUGUCUAUAUUGAAUUUGGGGCAUAAUGAUCUCUCUGGUAUGAUUCCUCAAGAACUUGGAAGCUUGAAGAAUGUUGCAAUUCUUGAUCUGUCACAUAAUAGGCUCAAUGGUUCGAUCCCGAAUUCCCUGACCAGCCUUACAUUGCUUGGUGAGAUUGACCUGUCAAACAAUAAUCUCAGUGGAAUGAUUCCUGAAUCUGCACCUUUUGAUACAUUCCCGGAUUAUAGGUUUGCGAAUACUUCUCUCUGUGGGUAUCCUCUCUCCCUACCUUGUAGCUCAGGGCCAAAAUCAGAUGCAAAUCAGCAUCAGAAAUCUCACCGCAAACAAGCGUCCUUGGCAGGUAGUGUGGCGAUGGGUUUGUUAUUUUCCCUCUUUUGCAUCUUUGGUUUGAUUAUUGUUGCCAUUGAGACGAAGAAGAGGAGGAAGAAGAAAGAGGCUGCUCUUGAAGCUUAUAUGGAUGGUCAUUCUCAUUCCGCAACUGCAAACAGUGCCUGGAGGUUUACGAGUGCUCGUGAGGCGUUAAGCAUCAACCUCGCAGCAUUUGAGAAGCUUCUCAGGAAGCUCACAUUUGCUGAUCUUCUCGAAGCCACCAAUGGUUUCCACAACGACAGUCUUGUAGGCUCUGGUGGUUUUGGUGAUGUCUACAAAGCUCAGUUGAAGGAUGGCAGUGUUGUAGCCAUUAAGAAGUUGAUACAUGUCAGCGGACAGGGUGAUCGAGAAUUCACUGCUGAAAUGGAAACCAUAGGGAAGAUCAAGCACCGGAAUCUUGUCCCUCUUUUGGGCUACUGCAAAGUAGGGGAAGAAAGGCUACUGGUUUAUGAAUACAUGAAGUAUGGAAGUCUUGAAGAUGUCCUGCACGAUCGGAAGAAAAUCGGGAUCAAGCUCAAUUGGCCUGCAAGACGGAAAAUUGCGAUUGGAGCUGCAAGAGGUUUGGCUUUCCUACAUCAUAACUGCAUUCCACACAUUAUUCAUAGGGACAUGAAAUCAAGUAAUGUCUUGCUUGAUGAAAAUUUGGAAGCCAGAGUAUCUGAUUUCGGAAUGGCAAGGUUCAUGAGUGCUAUGGACACUCAUUUGAGUGUCAGCACCCUUGCAGGCACUCCCGGAUAUGUUCCUCCUGAAUAUUACCAGAGCUUUAGAUGUUCGACAAAGGGAGACGUUUAUAGUUAUGGUGUUGUUUUACUUGAGCUUCUAACAGGCAAACAGCCAACGGAUUCAGCUGAUUUUGGUGACAAUAAUCUUGUCGGAUGGGUAAAGCUACACGCUAAAGGGAAAAUAACUGAUGUCUUCGAUCGAGAGCUAUUGAAAGAAGAUCCAAGCAUUGAGAUUGAACUUCUACAACACUUAAAGGUUGCUUGUGCUUGCUUAGAUGAUCGACAUUUGAAGCGUCCUACGAUGAUUCAAGUUAUGACAAUGUUUAAGGAGAUUCAAGCAGGGUCAGGUAUGGAUUCAACGUCCACGAUCGGAGCUGAUGAUGUCAAUUUUAGUGCAGUUGAAGGAGGGAUAGAAAUGGGGAUUACUGAAAGUAUAAAAGAAGGAAAUGAGCUAAGCAAACACCUUUGAAUGCAUAUAAUUUUCCCACCAAGGAUGCAACAAGAAGAAGAUUGAGAGUUUGUUUGAGCUCACAAAUUUUCCACAAUACCUCUCCAAAGUCAUGCAAGAAAGGAAAAAAAGAAGGAAAAAGAAUUGCCAGUGUCAUUUUUAGCCAAUUAUUGUAUGUACCACUAGUUCCAUCCAUAAAAUCUUGUGUUAUUAUACAUAAAAGGAAGGUUGUUUUCUUUUUUUAAACAUGUAACAGUGUUGUAUAUAAAUAGUGUAUGAGUUUGUUUUUACUA